UCGCCUAGCGCUCAAUCUGCUUAGAGCAUCCUUUGGAGGAGGGUAGGCUACCGGGAAACCGUUGUGCUCCGUUGGGUAUGGUUGUCCUCAUGGAAUGGUGAGGAGCGAAGGGGACACCCGCCUAGCCAGCCUGCUUGCCCCUUUUUUUGGCGUCUCUCCUGUUGGCUCGCUGGUCGGGGACGGGAAGGUCUGAGAGAAGGCACUGUCCCGGCUGCACUCGCCAGACCCGGGGUACGGACCAACACUCCCGUCCCUCGCAAGGCAGAGUCCGAUGGCUGCGGCGGCGCUGCGGGACCCACCUCAGGGUGGUGUGACCUUUCCAGAUGUUGCUGUGCGCUUCUCCCAGGGGGAAUGGAGACUCCUUGAUGAGACUCAGAGACUCCUGUAUCUGGAUGUGAUGCUGGAGAACUACAUACUUAUAUCUUCACUGGGUUGCUGCUGUGGAGCAGAAGGUGGGGAGACACCCUGUGAAAAAACUGUUCCUAUAGGAGUCUCAUGGACUGGAUCUCCCACAGCAACUCCAUUUUCUCAGAAGACCCAUCCCUGUGAGAAGUGUAGUACAGUCUUGAGAUAUGUUUUCCAGUUGGUGGAGCAGCAGGGAACAAAAUACAGCCCAAAACUGUUGAGGUGUGGGGCGUGUGCAAAAAAAUUUUAUAUAUCUUUGAGAAGCUGUGUACAUGAGGCUUUAUCUUUUAAGAGCCCCAGAUUCCAUGUGUCAGGGAAGCCUCUUACUUCUGGGAAAAUUCUGGCCAGCAUGGGACAUCUGCAGGCCACUUAUACUGUGGAGAAGCUGAAUACAGUCACCCAGUACAGAUCAACUUCACCAAGCAGAAAUCAUACCUCCGGAAAUUGCGAGAAAGCCUUCAGCCCUGAACACACACUUGUUCAGGACUGGAGUGUCUACACUGAAAGGCCGUGUUUUGUGUGCAGGGAAUGUGGGAAAACAUUCAGGUACAAAUCAACGUUUAUUAUCCACCAGAGAGUUCAUCCUGGGGAAAGACUUCAUUUGUUUAUCAAAAGUGGCAAAUCUUUUAGACAAAACUCAACUGUCAGUCAGGAUCAAAAAAUUUAUACUCGUUCAGGAUCAGAGAAGUGCAGCAAAUGUGGGAAAUCCUUAAGCCACAAAUCAGUCCUCGUUUCUCCCCAAAGAUUGCACAAUGGAGAGAAUAGUUCUGUGUGCAGUGACUGUGCAGAGUCUUUUUACGACAGCUUUGUGUUCAUUGGACAUAAGAGAGUAUUUUCUGGAGAACGUCCUUAUAGGUGUAGUGACUGUGUGAAAUCUUUUACAUGUAGAUCUGCCCUCAUUUAUCAUCAGAGAUCUCACACAGGAGAAAGACCUUAUGACUGCAGUGAAUGUGGGAAAUCCUUUACCACUAACUGCAUCCUCCGAUCUCAUCAGAGAUCUCACACUGGAGAAAGGCCUUAUAAAUGCAGUGAAUGUGGAAAAUGCUUCACCUCUAACUUCAAACUCCGUAAUCAUCAGAGAUCUCACACAGGAGAAAAGCCUUAUAAAUGCUAUGAAUGUGGGAAAUCUUUUACCUCUACCAAUUCUUUCCAAUGUCAUCGGAGAUCUCACACAGGAGAAAAGCCUUAUAAAUGUUAUGAAUGUGGGAAAUCUUUUACCUCUACCAGCGCUCUCCAAUAUCAUCAGAGAUCUCAUACUGGAGAAAGGCCUUACAAAUGCAGUGAAUGUGGGAAAUCUUUUAUGUCUAGAUCCUCAUUCAUUUGUCAUAAUAGAUCUCACACAGGAGAAAGACCUUACAAGUGCAGUGAAUGUGAGAAAUCUUUUAUCUCUAGGCCUUCCCUCAGAUAUCAUCAGAGAUCUCAUGCAGGAGCAAGGCCUUAUAAGUGCAAUGAAUGUGGGAAAUCUUUUAUUACUAGUUCCCAUCUCCAUCGUCAUCAGAGAAUUCACAGUGAAGAAAGGCCUUAUGUGUGUGUUGAGUGUGGAAAAUCUUUUACCAGUAGCACUAGGCUCCAUUUUCAUGAAGGCACUCACACUGAAAGGCCUAUUGAGUGCAGUGAAUGUGGGAAAUCUUUUAUUAAUCCUGCUGUUUUUCAUUACCAUCAGAGAAUUCAUUCUAGUGAAUGGCCAUAUAGGUGCAGUGAGUGUGGGAAAUCUUUUACCUCAAAAUUCAACUUUCGUUAUCAUCAGGGGAUUCAUUCUGGAGACAGGUCUUAUGUAAGGUGCAAUGAAUGCAAGAAAUCAUUUACUACUAUCAGUUCUCUCCGUAAUCAUCAGAGAGUUCAUUCUGGAGAAAGACCUCAUGAGUGCAGUGAAUGUGGAAAAUCUUUCAUGUAUAGGUCGGUCCUCAAGCGUCAUCAGAAAUCACAUGCAAGGGAAAGGCCUUUUGAGUGUAGUGAAUGUGGGAAAUCUUUCAUGUAUAGGUCGGCCCUCGAGCAUCAUCAGAAAUCACAUGCAAGGGAAAGGCCUUUUGAGUGUAGUGAAUGUGGGAAAUCCUUUAUCUUUAGGAGUACCUUAAUUGAACACCAAAGAGUUCACACAGGGAAAAGUGCUUAUGUGUGUACUGAGUGUGGGAAAUCUUAUAAUAGUAAGUGUAGGCUUACUGAACACCAGAGUAUUCACAAAGGUGAAAGGCAUUAUGAAUGCAGGGAAUGUGGAAAAUCUUUUAACUUUAACUCUGCCUUGUACUAUCAUAAGAAAACUCACGCUGGAGAAAAGCCUUACAAAUGCAUUGAAUGUGGAAAAUCUUUUAUUACUAAUUACCUCCUACGUGUUCAUCAGAGAGCCCACACUGGAGAAAAGCCUUUUGAGUGCAGUGAAUGUGGGAAAUCUUAUACCCUUAAUUACUACCUUCGUUGUCAUCUUAGAGUUCAUACUGGAGAAAGGCCUUACAAAUGCACCAAAUGUGGGAAAUCUUUUACCACUAGUUAUCAGCUCCGUAUACAUCUGAGAAGUCACACUGGAGAAAAGCCUUAUGAGUGCAGUGAAUGUGGGAGAUCCUUUAGCAGCAAAUCUGGCCUCUGUUAUCAUCAGAGUGCUCACACUGGAGAAAGGCCUUAUGAGUGUGGUGAUUGUGGGAAAAGCUUUGUCCAGAGAAAUCUUCUCAUUAUACACCAGAGAGCUCACACUGGAGAAAGGCCUUAUAAGUGCAGUGAAUGUGGGAAAUCUUUCACUCGUGGCAACAGCCUCUAUUAUCAUCAGAAAGUUCACCGUGGAGAAAGGCCUUUUAAAUGUAGUGAAUGUGGGAAAUCUUUUAUUAACACCACUAAACUGCACUGUCAUAAGAAAGCUCACACUGGAGAAAGGCCUUAGGAAUGCACUAAAUAUAGGAAAUCUUUUACGAGCAAAUCACUUUGAACAUUUGAGAGUUUACCCUACAGGAAGUCAUAAAUGUGCAGUGAAUAUGCAAUUUCCUUGUUGAGUUUAGGGACACUGGAGGAAAUUGAGGGGCCAUUGGUCUGAAUUGAAUCUCAUUUCAAGUGUUUCUGAGAGCAGCAUGAAUCUUUAUUCCUUAUUCAGAUUAGAGAUUAUAGAGUAUUGAGGCACUGUUGAAAAGUAGGUAUUCUCCAAGUCUAAAAGAACCUGAUGUGUUUCCUGAUGUCCACAAAUCUUUGAGCUAAUCUCAUUAUUUGUAUAAUCUCAUUAUUUGUAUGAUCACUGGGUCCAAGGGAAACCACAAUUGGUACAGAAACUCUGGUUUAAUAGGGAGCGGGGGGAAAUUGCAGGCAACCUGAUGGAAUGUGCCUCUCCUAAAAGUGCAUCCUGAUGUUUAUAUGACAUUGACUGUGCAGUAUCAGUUUAUAUGCUGAUUCUAGUGAAUUGUACUUUAAGGACCUUACUGCAGAGGCAGGAAAGGAAAAGGGGAUGUGACUCUUGUGAUCUAGGCAGCAUUCCUGCUGACUCAGGCAGAAACCCUAACCCCAUCUUCGCUACCACUGAUAGAAGACUGAUCUCCAGAGAACAUGAGGAGUGUGUUGGUGGGUUCAGCAUACAGUUGCAGAACCUUUUUUUCCAAAAAGAGUAGGACAUAAAGGUUUUUUUCAUUUUGAGCCAAUCUUUAAAGCUAUAUCAAAGUAUAAUUUACAUGCACCAAACUUCAGCCAUGAAGUCAGACCAUUUUUUCUUGGCGGGAAACCAAUGACAAAUCUAGACGGUGUCCUGAAAAGCAGAGACAUUACUCUGCCGACAAAGAUUUGUAUAGCCAAGGCUAUGGUGUCCCCAGUGGUCACUUACGGUUGUGAGAGCUGGACCAUAAAGAAGGCAGAAUGCCAAGGAAUUGAUGACUUCAAAAUGUGGUGCUAGAGAAGAUUCCUGAAAGUCCUUUUCACAGCAAGGAGAUCAAACCUUGAAUAUUAACUGGAAGGACUGAUGCUGAAGCAAGUUUUCACCUAGGUAUGAACCUCUUGAGUCCUAAUAAUGCCCAUAUCUGUUAAUGGUAUGUUUACUUCUCCUUGCCCUUCCCACCUUUCCAAUAACCAUUGAUGUACUUUCCCUUAGAAUAGAUAAUAUGUGCAUUUUCUUGAAUUUAUCUGAUUGGAGUCAUAAACGGCUUACUAUUUUUGUUUUCCUUUGUUUCAUAAUUGUUUCAGAUUCAUCCAUGAUAUAUACAAGUAUCUCAUCUCUUUAGUUUUUGGUGAGUAGCGUUCUUAUAUUUAGAUGUACAACUGUUUAUCCAUUCAUCUUUUUCUGAGCGUUUAGGUUAUUUCUAGGUUUUCAUUCUUGAAAAUAAAGCUGCUGUAAACACUUGUGUCAGUUCUUUA